GAACUGGAGACGGAGGGACGGGUUUGGUGUUUCAGAUACAGGAGAAAGAAAAGGUCGAAGAGCGAGAGAUUAGGGUUUUGCUAUAUCUAGAGAGUAGAAAAUGGAAGGGAUCACAGAAGGAAUUAACAACUUGAAUGUGAAUGGGAAGAAGAACCGAAUCCAAGUCUCAAACACCAAGAAACCCCUCUUCUUCUACGUCAAUCUCGCCAAGAGAUACAUGCAGCAACACAAAGAAGUGGAACUUUCUGCCCUUGGAAUGGCUAUUGCUACGGUAGUUACAAUUGCUGAGAUCUUGAAGAAUAAUGGGUUGGCACUUGAGAAGAGGAUCAUGACAUCGACGGUUGACAUGAGGGAGGAAUCAGGGGGACGCCCUGUUGAGAAAGCUAAGAUAGAAAUACUGCUGGGUAAGACCGAGAAGUUUGAUGAGUUGAUGGCAGCUGCUGCUGAGGAAGCUGCGUACAACGAGGAGCAAAACUGAGAUGUUCUCCAGAAUAUUAGUCUGUUCUCUUUAGUUUUGUCUUCCGAACAUCUUUUAACAUUUAUUGAUCGGAGUUUUAUGCUUGUUAGUGAUGAUAUUUUUAGAAAUUUUGUAAAAAACAAUGCAUUCUUAGUCUAUUCAAAUUUGUUUACCAAGUUUUUGGCUUUUGGAAGUAAAGCAAUGAUGUGUACAA